AUGAAGUUUCCAACUUUGCCGAAUUCUUUUAACAGCGUGUCGAUAGACAAGGAGCAGCCAGCUAUAUUGCCGCUCGAGUACGACUACAGAUAUACAAUUGGGUCACCGUUCGUCUCUUUCGUGGAUCUGGCAAUGGUCAAUAAGCUCUAUGAGUGCAAAAAAUGGUGCGAUGUUGCUGAAGUGGUGGAGUGUAAAAUGGGCGGUUUCCCUAAUCCACGUAACUGCAGCAAAUGUGUCUGUCCUGGCGGUUAUGGUGGAGAUCGAUGCGACGAAAGACCAGAGGGCAGCUGUGGAAGUACAAUUAAAGCAACGCCGAACUGGACCAAUUUCACAAUUGCUCUAGGAGAUCCGACUGAUCCUGAGCUCAAAGAGGACUUCACCAACUGUACCUACUGGAUUGAAGUACGCUGCCCACCUCACGUCAACACUGUUGGGACCUGCAAUGAUCCAUCCCUGGAGGUCUAUUGUCCAAAGUUUUGUAAUCUGUGCUAUACUCCUCAGUCUACCAACAGCAAAAUCGGAGCUCGUCGUUCUCCCACGAACAAAUAA